UCAGGAGAGGCCCAACGUUUUGGUUUCCUGCGGGUGGGCGGAGGGUCUGCAGGUUGGGAGGUGGGCCAGUUCUGGUUGAGCCGUCUCCCAUAAGCCUCUGAGGCAGCCCCCGCGUGUGUGGGGAGGGCGAGAAGGUCGGAGGGUAGAGGCCUGACUCCCCGCAUCGGACUCUGAUGCCCUCCCCGCUCCUCAGCUGAAGAAGUUGGACCUGGCAGCGGCCGCAGCACACACCUUCUUUGUAGCAAACCCCACGCACCUGCAGAUGCGGGAGGACAUAGCUAAGUACCGGAGAAUGCCGAAGGUCCCGCCCCAGAGCUUCAGGGACCUGGAGUCUCCGCCACACUGGGCAGCCUAUGACACUGGCCUGGAGCUCCUGGGGCGCCAGGAGGCAGGGCUGGCCCUGCCCAGGCUGGAGGAGGCCCUGCAGGAGAGCCUGGCCCAGAUGGAGAGCUGCAGGGCUGGCUGCGAGGGGCCAGAGGAGCAGCAGGCAGAGGAGGAGGAAGGAGGGGCCAGCAGUCACAGUGGCCUCUACGAGGCCAUUGCAGGACACUGGAUUCGGGUCUUGCAGUGCCGGCAGCGCUGCGUGGGGGACACAGCCAUGCGUCCUGGCCGCAGCUUCCCUGUCCCAGACUUCCUUCCCAGCCAGCUGAGGCGGCUGCACGAGGCCCAUGCUCAAGUGGGGAAUCUGUCCCAGGCUAUAGAGAACGUCCUGGGCAUCCUGCUCUUCUACCCCGAGGAUGAGGCAGCCAAGAAGGCUCUGAACCAGUACCAGGCCCAGCUGGGAGAGCCGAGACCUGGUCUCGGGCCAAGAGAGGACAUUCAGCGCUUCGUCCUUCGAUCCCUGGGGGAGAAGCGGCAGCUCUACUAUGCCAUGGAGCACCUGGGCACCAGCUUCCAGGAUCCCGACUCCUGGACCCCUGCGGCUUUCAUCCCGGAGGCACUCAGGGAAAAGCUCAGAGAGGAUCAAGAGAAGAGGCCUUGGGACCAUGAGCCUCCACAGCCGAAGCCCUUGACCUACUGGAAGGAUGUCCUGCUCCUGGAAGGAGUGACGCUGACCCAGGAUGCCAGGCAGCUGAAUGGGUCGGAGCGAGUGGUAUUGGAUGGGCUGCUCACGCCAGCUGAGUGUGGAGCGCUGCUGCAGCUGGCCAAGGACGCAGCUGAAGCUGGAGCCAGGGCGGGCUCUCGUGGCCGCCGCUCCCCGCACACCCCCCAUGAACGCUUCGAGGGGCUCACAGUGCUCAAGGCUGUGCAGCUGGCCCGGGCAGGGACGGGGGGCAGCCAGGGUGCCAGGCUACUCCUGGAGGUGAGCGAGCGCGUGCGGACCUUGACGCAGGCCUACUUCUCCCCGGAGCGGCCCCUGCAUCUCUCGUUCACCCACCUGGUGUGCCGAAGUGCCAUCGAAGGGGAGCAAGAGCAGCGCAUGGAUCUGAGUCACCCGGUGCAUGCCGACAACUGCGUCCUGGACCCUGACAGCGGGGAGUGCUGGCGGGAGCCCCCAGCCUACACCUACCGAGACUACAGCGGACUCCUCUACCUCAACGAUGACUUCCAGGGUGGGGACCUGUUCUUCACAGAGCCCAACGCCCUCACCGUCACGGCUCAGGUUCGUCCUCGCUGCGGACGCCUUGUGGCCUUCAGCUCCGGCGUGGAGAAUCCCCAUGGUGUGUGGGCCGUGACACGGGGACGGCGCUGUGCCCUGGCCCUGUGGCACACAUGGGCACCUGAGCACAGGGAGCAGGAGUGGACGGAAGCCAAAGAGCUGCUGCAGGAGCCGGAGAAGGAGGAGGAAGAGGAGGCCAUGCCCAGCAGAGAUCCCUCCCCAGAGCCCCCCAGCCUCAGGCUACAACGGGCCCAAGACAAAGCCACGAAGCCACCUCGGGUCCGGGAGGAGCUAUGAGCGGCUCAGCCAGCUCCUUGGGGAUGUGACCCCGAGACUUGGGAAAAGCCGCCUGGAGGCCAGGACCCACGAGACGCCCCCGUGCCACAGCAGGAGCAGAACAGCGAGCUCUCUGUCCCAGCCCCACCAUCUGCGGGCCUCCGGGGCCGUUCAGCUCCGGACCCAGAGGACACUGCACGGACGAGCCUUGAGCUCUCGAGGCCUGGGAGCCAGGACUGCAGUCCUGAGGAGACAGAGGACACUGCGGCUGCCUAGCAGAAAUGGCGGGGUGGGACCCCGACUGCUGAGUGGGGACGAGGGGGACGGCCCUGCUUCCCUGUCCCCAUGUGCAAUAAAGAACGUGCAGUCCGCUCA